AUGCCAGCAUUUGCAGAGAACACUUCCGUAUUAAAAACGUUGCUUGAGCGAUUUCCAAAUCUUCAACGUCGAUUAUGUAUUUUAGCGUCGUAUCCCAGUAAUAAUCAUAUACAAAAUGAUGCUGAACCAUUAUUAUCAAAUAUACCAGGCGAAACAGAAUUAGCUCGUCGACAUCCUGGCACUUUUAAAUCGGCAUUCGAAAUUGUGAAGAAUGAUACGACUGUACCAUCACUGCUCCGUGAAAAAUACCACAUGUUUUUCGAUGAUUUACUUAAACGUUUAAAAGUCGAUAUAGCAAUUUUGGAUUUUAAUUAUACACGUCUCAAUAAAUAUAUAAGAAUGUUAGGUUAUGAACAUAUGCGUGUAUUCAAUCUUCGGCCACAUGAAAUUCAGCAAAUCGAUGAAAAAGAAUAUCCUAUUGCAUUGGAAUUCUUUUUACAAUUUGAUGUCAAUAUGUUCUAUAUGAAAACUUGUUCAUUUCGUCAUGCUCGACCACGUACCCUGAAUGAAGGUCUUUUUUGUUUACGGGAACCAGAAGCUCGAUAUGAACUUGCUGCAUGUGGUAAUUGUGGAUUAUGUUAUCCCAAAUAUGAUAUGAGAUAUCGAUCAAAAAAAAACAUUGUGGAAUUUAAUCAAGGUCAUCAACAUACAUUCAUUACUAAAUAUCAAUCGAUUUUAAAUUGUUCCGCAUCUUGUCAUACACAAAAUAUUAUUUAUGUAUUAACAUGUCCAUGUGGUCAAUUCGAGUAUAUUGGUACAACAGCGAAUAAACAUCGCGAACACGGUAAUCGAAUUAUGCAUGAAUUUUUGUUAGGACAAGAAAAUAUUCUUCGUGAUUUACCUCGAGGUAAAUCAAAAGAUAUCUUAGCAAAGGAUCGUAUGAAACUUUAUCAACAUUCGACACAAUGUUCUGUAGGAAUGCAAAUCUUUUUGGAUGCCAAUCCAGAAUAUUGGCGAUUUGUACCAAUGCCAUUCGAAGAAUCAGAAAGACUUGAACAGAAAAUGAUUCAACCAUUUAUUUUUUCUGACGAACUUACUUGGAAUAUACGAUCUAAAGAAGAUACAACAGUAUGUGUUGGAAGUGUUCCAAAACCACCACCAGGAUAUACUUUUUCAAAUCGACAAAUUCUUUUACAAACACAAUAUUUUCAUAAGACACGCGAUAGAACAUUGCCAAAUUGUGAUAUUGAUUUAUAUAAUGCAACAAUUGUUGCUGUUUUACCAGAGACAUGUACAGAAAUGUUUCGGUAUACCAUUGAAUCAUUGUUUAUAACUCAUGUUGCACCGAAUCUGAAUACCAUUGGUAAUGUUUUGAAUGAGAAUCGCAAUGUUGAUUACUAUCCUAUGAAUAAUCCGUGGUUAAUUCGACAGGAUCAAUGGUGUCAAGGUUUAUUGCGUCGACCUCAACCUAAAAGAACGACAUCAAAUGAAAUCAUUGGAAAGAAAUAA